GUCGUAGCGGCUCCAUCGAGAGCGUGUGGCUGCGCCGGGGGUAGCCGAGACGGCAGACUGGCACCAUGGUGGAGGAAGUGCAGAAGCACUCUGUGCAUACCCUUGUGUUCAGAUCUUUGAAGAGAACUCAUGACAUGUUUGUGGCAGACAAUGCAAAACCUGUAGCAUUGGAUGAGAAGAGCCACAAAUUAAAGAUGUCAGUAAAACUUCAUACAGAGUAUAAUUCUGUGCUGCACAUGCCUGUAUUGAAGGAAAAUGCUCGAGAGAAGGGUUCUCAUAAUGCCAUUGAUUCCUAUGGUCAUAAGCAGUAUCUUCAAAAUCAAGGAGAAGAUAAUGAAUAUUUGAUAACAGGAACACACCCAUAUCCUCCAGGACCUGGAGUGGCCUUGACAGCAGAUGCUAAAAUCCAGAGGAUGCCCAGUGAGUCAGCGGCUCAGUCCUUAGCUGUGGCACUGCCACCUUCUCAAUCCAAAAUAGAAGCAAAUCGAACUGCUGCUGGUGUAGGUGAUAUAUACAGACAUGCUGGGAUUCCUGAGCGUUCACAGCCUACAGGGUUGAGCAUGGCUCUGAUGGAAGCAGUUGGGAACAAAAAUUCUACGUUAAUGGCAAAGAAGGCUCCGACAAUGCCAAAACCACAGUGGCAUCCCCCUUGGAAACUGUACAGAGUUAUCAGCGGUCACUUGGGCUGGGUGAGAUGUAUUGCAGUAGAACCUGGCAAUCAGUGGUUUGUUACUGGCUCUGCUGACAGAACUAUAAAGAUCUGGGACCUUGCUAGUGGAAAACUAAAACUGUCUUUGACUGGCCAUAUCAGUACAGUUCGAGGUGUAAUAGUAAGUGGAAGAAGCCCAUACCUGUUCUCUUGUGGAGAAGAUAAACAGGUGAAAUGCUGGGAUCUUGAAUAUAAUAAGGUUAUUAGGCAUUACCAUGGUCACUUAAGUGCUGUGUAUGGCUUGGAUCUGCACCCAACAAUAGACGUGCUUGUAACAUGUAGCAGAGACUCAACUGCACGAAUUUGGGAUGUAAGAACCAAAGCCAGUGUGCAUACAUUGACAGGACAUACAAAUGCAGUGGCAACAGUGAAGUGCCAAGCAGCAGAACCACAGAUUAUCACGGGAAGUCAUGAUACCACUAUACGACUCUGGGAUUUAGUGGCAGGGAAAACUCGUGUCACUUUAACAAAUCAUAAGAAAUCAGUAAGAGCAGUUGUACUGCACCCAAGACAGUACACAUUUGCAUCUGGUUCUCCAGAUAACAUUAAGCAGUGGAAGUUCCCUGAUGGAAACUUCAUCCAAAACCUUUCUGGUCAUAGUGCUAUUAUCAAUACACUGGCUGUGAAUUCAGAUGGAGUUCUGGUGUCUGGAGCUGACAAUGGUACUAUGCAUCUUUGGGACUGGAGAACUGGAUAUAACUUCCAGAGGGUACAUGCGGCUGUACAGCCAGGCUCAUUGGACAGUGAAUCCGGAAUAUUUGCUUGUGCGUUUGAUCAGUCAGAAAGCAGAAUGCUUACUGCUGAAGCUGAUAAAACUAUUAAAGUCUACAGAGAAGAUGAUACUGCGACUGAAGAAACUCACCCUGUCAGCUGGAAACCAGAAAUCAUCAAGAGAAAACGAUUUUAAUGAGAAUCCACCUGCAUAGCUGUGCCAUAAUCCUGACUCUGACUAGGACUACAAAGCCUGAACUCUGCUAAAGUCAUUGCUUUGCUCCGUUUACAGUUUUUAUAUUACAUAUGGCUUCCCUCUAGGACUUGUCCUUUUCCCUGAUCCCAGAAAAUCAGAUGCAGCUGUUAAACUCCUCUGAAGAAGUCAGAGUUUGUUUUUCAUAAAAUGGUAAUGUGCUGGUGAUUGAUUAGUCACAAAAUGUGUGCUUGUCAUUCUGUGCACACAAGGUGAUGCGAAGUUUUUCCCCUCUCUUUACCCCCUCUCUGCCCUUCAGCUGGAGAAUUAAAUAUUUGGAAAAAUGAAGAGGAUUGCUUUUUAUUCCACUGUUCUUAGUUGGUUCGAUGACGCUGAAGUAUAAAACAAUCAAGGAAGAAGAAAGGUCCAUUGUAUUAAUGAUUUUAUUUCCUUAAUACAAUGAGCUGGAAGGCACUAAAAUAGAAAUUUCAUCUCUACUUUGUUCCUGGGCUUCAACAACUAAAAUGUAGAACUGAACUUCUGUGCUUUAAACGUGGUGAAUGUGUUUUGUUCUGUUUCAAAGUCAUGGUUUUAUUUUUGCUCCUCCUCUAUCAGAAUUCUGUGUAAACUUUUAAUGAAAU